GGAAACAGAAUGACAGAGACGACAAGACUUUUCAUUCUUAUUUAACCCCCAAUGGACGUCCCCCACAAACUCCCACUGAGCACUGCAGGGAGCGACUCUGAUAAAGCGAGACAGAACAGGAACGUUUGUGGGAAAUGUUUCAAGACUGAGCAAAGAUGUAGCACGCAGCUGCAGAAGACUGGAGCAUGUUUGUGUUUUCUUUUGGGCUGAAGAGCUCACAACAGGAAUUACAGAAGAGGAAAUAGAUGUAAAACAGCAAGCUCAGAGGACUGUUCCUGUAUGUUUCUCAUUAUUUGUGGAAGCAUUAUUGUGCUCACUGGUGCUGUUUAUAAGCAGAGUCCACCCACAUCGGAGAAAGACAUUAUUUUUCACUUCCUGCCUGAUACAUCCUUCCUACAGUGGAUCGACCACUGUGACAAUCUUAAUCUCACUACGAGGCUCUAAAGGUAUGAACUACAGCAAUACCACAUUGCCCCCGAGCAGCGGGGUGCUUCCAGGUGGAAAUAGCACAAACUACAGCAGUGUAUUCACACGUGAAGUGCUCCCGGUGCUCUAUGCUCUGAUCUGUGCCAUUGGACUGAUCUUGAAUGGCUUAGCAGCAUGGAUCUUCUUCCGAGUACCCAGCACCUCAGGCCUGGUGAUAUACCUGAAGAACAUGGUGGUGGCUGACCUUCUUAUGCUCUUCUCCUUCCCUUGGCGCGUGGCCAAUGACCUAAACUUGGGUGGGUGGUUCCUGAGACUGGUGGUUUGCCGCUACACAGCUGUGCUCUUCUACUUAGGCAUGUAUACAGGCAUCAUCUUCAUGAGCCUCAUCAGCCUAGAGCGCUAUGUCAAGAUUGUGCAUGCGACCUCAUGCUCAGCUCGGCCUUGCUCUUUAUGGAUCUCCACUUUCCUGCAGCAGGUAACAGUAGCCAGAUGUCUGGUGUUUCUGUCCUGGGCACUGAUGCUACUCUGCAUGCUCCCUAACACACUGCUGACCAACAAGCCUGCUGCAGAGGGCAGCUCCUGCAUGGACUUGAAGAGUGACCUGGGACGCCGCUGGCAUGAAAUCUCUGUCCAUUGUGCUGUGGCCAUCUUCUGGGUAACGCUUGUGUUCAUGACUUUCUGCUACUCUUCCAUAGCCUGCCAGGUGUAUCGCUCUUACCAAAGAGUAAAGCGAGGCAGGAGCCAAGCAAAUCGCAAGUCUAACCAAAGUAUUUUCAGUUUGCUGGCUGUGUUUUUUCUCUGCUUUGUGCCAUAUCAUGUUUGCAGAGUGCCGUACACUUUAAGCCAGAGGUUUAACACCAGUCUUAGCACUCAAACCCAAUUCCAGCUCUUCCAGGCCAAAGAGGCCACAUUGUUCAUGGCUUCAUUUAAUGUGUGUCUAGACCCUCUGGUAUAUUUCCUUAUGUGUAGAGCAUUUCGAGAGUUGUUUCUGCAAAAGCUGUCUACUGCGGAGGCUACUAAAGGGGUACCAUCUGUUACCCACAGACUAAGCACCAGCAAUUUGUAGAGAAGAAAUGAAAACAGAAAGAGGAAUUGAUGGUUUCUGAGAUACCAAGGUGGUUGCAGUGGGUCAGUCACAUAGAGCUAGACCAAAAACAAAAUGAGCACAUGAGCAGUGUUGUGUUCCAGUUUCUGUAUCAUUUUGCAAAGCCAUGGUGUCCAAAAGGAGAAGGCAAAACCAAAUAAUUUCAUCAAGAACAGUCACCAAAAAAUCUCUAAUAUCUUUUUGUUUUAUUUCAUUGGCAUUAUCAGACUCAGUACUACAGAAGCUGGUCACAUCUGUACAACUUUGUAACCCAAUAUUUGGGUAAACAUGUUUAAUAUAAUUCUCCUUAAAACUAUAAGGAAAUGUUUAAUUAAUUAAACUUAUUUUUGUCAUUUACAGUUGUAAAAACAAUAUUUAUAUAUUAAAGAAUUCAAUAAAUGCAUGUGAAUAACAUA